AUUUUUUAAUUCUUUUAAUUAAGAUUAGUUAAGAAUAAUCUUCUGUUUACAGUUUGGAUUAGGAUUAGAUAGUAACAUAUUAGGAAGAAUGGCUUUUACUGGAUCAACACAGAAAUGCAAGGCUUGUGACAAAACUAUUUAUUUCGUCGAGCUGGUGUCUGCUGAUGGAGUUCCUUAUCAUAAGAAUUGCUUUCGAUGCAGCAACUGUAAUGGCAAGCUUUCGAUAAGCACCUAUCACUCCUUGGAAGGAACUCUGUUCUGCAAACCUCACUUUGAGCAGCACACGAAGGAGAAUGGAAUUGUACCCAAGAUAACACAAUCUGGAAAAGACAUGUGGGAUAAGGCGAAGACGCCUAGCAAACUUGCAGGCAUGUUCUCUGGUACACAGGAUAAAUGUACAGUUUGUAAGAAGACAGUGUACCCCAUGGAGAAGGUGACGGUGGAGGGAGAUUUUUACCAUAAGAAAUGCUUUAAGUGCGCCCAUGGGGGCUGCAGCCUUACGCCAUCCAAUUAUGCAGCAUUAGAUGGAAUUGUAUACUGCAAGCCCCACUUUUCGCAGUUAUUUAAAGAGAAAGGCAGCUAUAACACACUCAAUAAAAGUUCUGCGAAGAAAAGUGAGACUGAUCCACAAGAAACAACAGCAGGUGAUGAGAAGCCAGCUGAAGCAGCAGAAGCAACUGAGGAAGAAGCUUGAUACUGUCCUGUAUUCGGUGCAUUGAUUCCCAAAUUAUGUAUUUUUCGACUUCUGUCUGUAUUGUUUACAUUUUUGAUUUUGAAGAACCUUUGUAUAAGG